AUGGCUAUGGCUUUAGGAAUCGCCACUAGCUCAGGAUCAACAACAACAAAACAGGCUGGGCUAGAUCCAAGCAGCUUAAGGGAUGCAGAAGGCCAGAUGGCCGAUGUCUGUUUGCGAUACCUUUUGAUGGAGGAUUUAGAAGACGAUAAUAGCCAAUCGAGCAACCAUACUCAACAUCUCUUAGAAUACGCAGCGGUAUAUUGGGCCGAUCACGCAAAGCAGAUAGCUUUGACGGUGGACUACGAAGUAGCCAAUCGACUACAUUAA